CUUAUUGUUAUCUGUGUUUCUUACACCUCCAUUGCUUUAAAAUUUUGGUGUGGAACUCGUCCUCCGUCACAUGGUGCGGCCAAUAGACAAAGAAAACUGACUGUGACAUUAUUCAUAAUGACCAUUGUAUCUUUGCUGCUGUGGUUACCAUUUGUUUUAUAUUCUUUCAUUUCUUUUUUUGUUCUAGAUAAGAUUGCUUUCCUGACAUAUUUACGCUUGAGAUUAUCUUUUUUUCUUCUAUACCGCACAAACUCGCUUGUUAAUCCCAUUAUUUACACAAUCAGAAUGCCAGAGUUCAGAAGAGCUCUCCUGAUAUUAUUGAAACGUCUACAAAGACAAAAUGCUGCUAUUCCUCUUCAAGCCCGUUAAUUUACCUUGUUUAAUACUUUAUUGUAAGUUCAAAUGAUGACCAGUCAACUAUGUCAACUAUUGCUGUUUUGUUGCAUGAAACAAAAUCUCUUGAAAAUAGUAGUUCAAUGCAUAGUUUUAUUACUAACUUUAGAUGGAUAAAGCAGUUUUCCUAUGACUUCGAAAAAUGUUUUCGGCUAAGUGUUCGUUAUUUGUUUUAUCAAAGAUCAAAACAUGGACUCUUCGUUUUCCCGCUUAAGAAAACCCUAAUAUGCAUUGUUCGAUUGGCCAAUCGUGUUGCAGUAUGAUGUCAAAGCGAAGUAUCAAUUGAUUUCUGGAAAGUUCUCGGGCAUGAAGGUUUUAAUUUCACCCUAACGCUUGCUUAACCGACCAAAAGCCAUUCCCGUUUGUAUCCGUUCGAUAAACCAUUCAAAUCGCUCUAUUUCCUUUCGUUUGAUGUUCUGUUUUGUUCGCGUGUUUUCAUUUCAAGGUCAUACGAAAAUCGCUCUAAAAAGACUGUAAAUACGUAUACAGAAGGUGUUACUCAUUUCAAGGGGCUACCUCACGCUAUUUGCUAAUAUCUUUUUAAAAUGGAUAAACAGUCUCUUCUCAUCAAUUGAUUUCGAAAAACAAUGGUCCAGUUUUGUUUAACUUUUUUACAUUUCAUGACAUUUAAGCGCUGAAAACGUUUCCUGUUGUUGUUGCAAAGGAUUGGCAAGGAUGAAUAUGGAUUGACUUGAAAAAGUUGAGCUAACGUUUUCAAGUUUUAAUGCUAUCCAAAAAAAUUGUCAUUAUCAUUAUUAUUAUUAUUAUUAUUAUUACUAUUAUAUCUUCUUCAUAACUCUACGGGAGCAAAGAUGGACCUAAAACAGCAAUAUCCUCGUACUAGCUCCUUUAACCAAUUAAAAAACCCCAUUAAAUAUUAACUCGUUAAUAUUCAGUGGGCAUGCUUAUUGUCUAAUGAACUUGAGAAAUUGUCCAAUGGAAAUAACACUUUCCUCGAGCAAUUUUUUUUCCUCCUGUACGAUUAUCAUCAAACUGCUGAAAUUUCUUUCAUUUGGAGAGCGGUAUUGCGAAGGCAGAUAGACGCUUUUAAAAACUUUGUAACCCGGGCGGUACUCCGUACAAUGCACUACACGGGGUACCAUUUUCAGGCUUCAGGUAUUGUUUAGCUAGUAUUUCAUAUUUAAAGAAUAGUGAUUUACAACAGUUAAAGGGAUGCAGCGUUUAUUCGGUAUGUGAAAGGCAUAUUAUUUCCCAGUAAGGGGUACCUUUUCUAUCAAAAAUGGUAUAUAAAAGCUGGUAAAGGGUUGGUCCACGGAGCGGACCCUUCCCGUAUAAAACUUUGUUUUGUUGUUUUUGUCACAAUCAUUUCGCUUAAAAACGUACAGAAGCUUGGGGUGACUCAGAGAUAGCCUAUUAAUAUUAUACAUUAAGAUUUUUCGAAUUAGUUGUUAUACACGGUUUUAUAGUGUAUUUUUUCUUUUUUUACUUUGUGAAGUACUACUUCGUAUGUAAGCUGCAAAACAGUCGGUUUUCCCCUCAUAAUCGAUAAUACAAAGGCCCAAAGGGCAGGCUUGAGAAUUUCGCGCGAAGCGCGGUAGCCUCACACUCUCGUACGCCCAGUAUCACCUUUCGAUUAACCGCUCGCGCGCGCGUUCUGAACGAAGGCAAAAAGUAGGGAUGUUUUACAGUUUAAUACGCAUGUGGUCAUUGAUAAAAUAUAACAGUAUGUAAAAAGAAGCCAAUGAAGCCAAGUUCAGUACACCUUAACUUCUGCUUUAUACUAGGCUUGUUAUUUGUUUCUAAGUCAGUAAAGUUAACCAGUUUAAGAGAAUUCAAUAAAUUUACUAUUUGAACAUGAUUUUCCCCGUGUUGUUAUUUAAGACGAAAUAACGUGUUUCCUUCUUUAGUAAACUUGACGGAAACGUGAAGUUGCUUAAAUCUGUCAAGUUUACUCCCUGCGGAAACAUCGUGAUCUAGUUUUCCAUGGACGGGACGCGUUUCCCUUAGGUUUCCGAGUCGGAAACGAACGAUCAUGUUUCCGCCACAUUUCUGUUAUCACAUUUCCGUUCCUUCUUGGUUCCGUUAUGUUUCCGGUGACGUUUUUUUAAAAACUCAUGUCCAAGACCGCACGAUAAAUGUUUCAGAAAUUUUGCCUUUGCGUACAAUCAAGGUGAAUAAAAGUAAAUUUACUCUCGAGAUAGGGCCAUUAAACGGUUCUCAUGCAUUUAAUACUCGCGCGCGUUGCAUUGAUGCAACGACUGUGAAGUGCGCGAAGUUACGACUGUUUUCGAUUCUAAGUGAUUAAAAUCGCAGAGAAUACCAACGGCUGUUGAUAUUUGCCAGAAUGAUCUCAAUCAGUACUGGCGUAAAAAUAAAAUGAUCUUAGACUGAGAAAACAAGAGAGAAUGGGGAGAAUGGGGCCUAAAACAGAGCGAAGUGCUGGUCAGCGGACGUUUCUUUUGCUCAUGCUCAUUGCGGUCGUUCUUUUUGGCGUCCAUUUUAAAAGUGAUUGCAACAGCUUCCGAUUUGCCAGCUUUUGUAGGUUCUAGGAGCGUGGAGUUUGUAUAUUUUUGCUUUUCGAUUGCACCACAAGAUAUCUAGGGGUUGUUAUGUACACUUGUCGACUCAUUGGCCUUCAGUAAUCGAUCGCUUCUCUCAUAAAGCGACCCUUUUGUGACACAGUUGAGCAGAAUGUGAGACAAAAACCUCGUGAUGGGCAAAAAUAAUUUGAAAAUUUUGAGUGUUUGAUUGUGCUAAGGGCAUCCAAGAGUGAACACUGUGAUGGAGAAUACAGAUUGCAAGACGAGGUGAGCUGCCCUGGUACCAAAUCUCAAUUAUUUUUUUAACCACUGAUUAAUAACUAGUACUUAGCAACUUAAAGGAGCAGUGUCACAAAAUUUGUCAAAACUACAGCAGUGUAAACCACCCCCAAUCUCGGUAAAACAUAAAAACACUGCUCAAAACAUGAAAAGAAGGUUUAAGUAAUAAAGCAAAGAGCAAGAGUGAGUACAAAUAAAAAUUGCUUUUGGUGUUAUUAGGUAACAGGUGGACAGACUUAAAAAAAUUGAAAAGGAUGGAAAUUGGGCCCUUUGAAACUUGUUAGCCUAACAGUUUUUCAGAUUUCCUUUUUGUGGUCUUCAAUGUUUGAUAUAAUGCUUGGGAGACAUGUUUGUUGACACAAAGCUGUCAUUGAUAAGUAAUUUCUCAAGUUUCAUAGCAAAUGCGAUACGGACAUGUAGGUGUAAUUACAGUUGAUUUCACAUGCCUUUACUGCACCACGUUGCAAAGUUCGUUGGCAAAUUGGGUACUACGAAGUAGCCAAUACAAUUGCAAGUUAGGGAAUCAAAUUGCAAACUUUGAGACGUAUUUGUCAACUUUGGUACUACUGAACUUCAUAACUUCAUAUCUUUUUUUAAAACCAGGAAACUGCAACAUAAUGAACCCAAAUCCUUUUACUAAACAAGGCAAGGGUUACCGUGUGAGGCCUGUGAAAUGAUUUACUGUAGACAAAUGGUUAGAGGGUUCGAAACCAUUCCAAGUAGUACACCAGUUUAAUUUAUCGAGAAAGACGGUAACAAAUAUUGUCGAUCAGUUCGUACAUACAGAAAGGUCCUACAAGUACAGUAUGUAUACUACGGAAAUACAAAAACAGUUCAUCAAAAAUUGGGUUAUUGACCCGCAAAGGUUGCUGGUUGCAAUCUCCAUUCUGGACAUUUAAGGAGUCGACGUCAACACUCUUAAAUCAUCUCCUAACUUCCUAUUUUCAACUAACCAAACUUUAUUCGAUUUCUUUCUGAAUCGAAGGGAAGAGAAAAGAGAAUUAAAAGAAAACAAUGAUCUCCAGGAUGAUCUCUUCAGCCGAGUGCAGCACAUGGUAUGCUGUAUUCCUUACUAUAACUGUUGUUGUGAUUGCAGUGAACCCUAUGUCAAUUAUUCUUUUUGUAAAGAACAGUACUCUUCGCACUCGUGCCAUGUACUUGGUAAUAAACUUGACCGUGGCUGAUAUGUUUGUUGGAGGAAUGGGCACUUUCGAUAUAGUAUUACAUUCCCUUCUUUACGGUUGCGAAGUUGGAAAUGAAUUAUUCCCAAUCGGCUCUAUUAUUGCUAAUCAGGAAUGAGAACCUUUUAUUGUGCUUGCCAUGAUCAGCAUGUGGCUCCCUCUCACCUCUGUAGCAGGCAUUGCUGAAAGCAGUUAUUUCUUUAGAUCGUAUGCAUGCGACGUUUUGUCCAUUUAGGCAUCGCAACAUCAAAAGAUGGGCCUACGGAGUAACAAUUGCGGGUGUCUGGAUUUAGGAUUAGUUUUAUCGAUAGAUCCUGUAUUGAUAAUUGUGGGCGACAAGAGGAACCCGCAAUCCUAAUCGCCAGGUUGUAAUUACGCAUGCGUCGCAUGUGUGUAGCUAGCACUCAUAAGGAAAAAAGAAUGUACCUAACGCAAUUUGAUCACGCACGUUUCUUUCUUCUACUCCUUGUAAUCUGAUCACGCGUGUUUUGAACAUCUGUCACUUGAAACUUACGCAGAGCACAGCAUUGGAGCAAAAGCGUUUGGACCUCCGAUCGUUGUCGCCCGCACCCCGUAACCUUUGGUUAUUACUAGUAUAUAUACGUAGAUUUUUAGUCUUUCUAUCAUAUGCUUUAUACUUUUAUUUUUACUGUACUUAGUUUUAAUACACAUUUUAUCAAUUGCAUCAAUUGUAAAUACGCGAAUCAGUCUUCUGGCUACAAACUAUUGGUAAUUUAUCGAUCUAUCUAUUUAUCUCUUAUCUUGUUAAACUUUACUUGAAAGGCUAAUUAAUAGACUAUCAUUCUCUAACUGUCAGAACUGUAAAUUAAACGUCACGUUCACGCUUGCUGUUUUACGUUAAACAAAGCCUUGACGUCAGUCAGUCCAGGGAAUGAAUCCGUUGCAAACUUGAGCAAAUUUUUCAGCUCUCUUUAUCCAAGACAGCUUGAACCAGUUCAAUAUUGUUGCAAAGGUAAGCGCUGUAUUAGAAGUUGUAGUGUGAAAAAACAACCAUAAGCCUUUAAAACAAUUAAACAUUUCCCAAUGAACAGCAAAGUCCUCGCAUGAUCGCGAAGUCAUCUUGCUAAUAGUCAUCGCCAUCACAGUUAAACGUCUCCAUGAAUUUUGUCUUUCUUUUAAAGAGAAGCUUAGAUUCGCCGUACCUUGCAGAAAGAGGUUUUUAGAAGCUACAGUUUUAAUAUUAUGUGUUCUUUUGUAGCUAGAAAUUUAAAAACUAUUUUCAUUUUUUUUGGUUCUGAAUUAUAACAUAGAAUGUUGAGGCUCUAAAAGUUCAUCAAAGGAUAAGUAAGAAAAUAGCAAGUAACAACCCAAACAUUUGCAAUAGAACAACACGACAAAGGAUACUGACCACAUUUUUUGAAAAUUAUAUGUUUUGUUUGCUUCAAAGUCCUUACCCUUAAACGGGAAAAUAAUAAAAUAUAAUUGUGGUUAAAAGCCAAUAAACGGUAACGGGAAGUGAACAGAAAGCAGCUGUUAGCAGUGAGUGGUUAGCAGUCGCGUGUAACUCAGUGACAAUAUCUUUCUGCAAUUUUCGGUAGUCUAACAAGCCUACUGUUUGCUUAAUAACUUUAAAUCCCGGUAAUGGGCAGAAGGGUUGUAACAGUAAAAUUCGUUAUCGGAGUUCGCAUACAAAAGAAGUUUAGAUGAAGUUGAAAUAUUCCUUGAUUGGCUAAUAAAUAUUCAUUCAAAAAUAUUUUUCGAGCUUGGAUAACUUGGAAAUUGGGGGACUUUAAUUGGCACAAUGAGCGUGUUGACGGCUUAUUCGAGUUUAAUGGUGGUUGAAAAAUCCCCGGGGGGAAGGGUGCUCCCUACGAUAGGCUAAAGGGGGAGGCUCCGCCAAAGGAGAAUACCUUUAAUAUUUAGGCUUCUCGGCCCAGUUUUUCGAAGGUCGAUUAGCGUUAACCCAGGGUCAGGCUUUUUUUCUAUAGCGCGCUCUCUGAUUGGUUGAAAAAGCGUGCGUGGGGAAUUUAAAGGAUUCCUUAUCAAAAACAAAAAAAGAAGUCUUGACUGAGCUCUGUUAGACCGACUACGUCUCGUGUUUACCCUUACACUUCUUUCAUGCUCUAGCUGCUCCGCGUACUUCAGUCACAACUGCACAAAGCACAGUCUCGGCUUCUUUAUUUGUUAAUUGAAAAGCAGUUAAUAAUUUAUAUCUAUUUUGCUAAAACGAAAAACAGAAGGAAGCUGCAAUUAUCUCGAAUAUUAAUACGUUAGUUUUGUCACUAUUUAAAUGAGGUUUUCGAGUUGUGUAAGACCAUACUCAUUAUACACGUUCAUUCACGUUCAUUCUGUAUUAUAGCGCAAAAAGCCUGUUGUAUUCUAGAUGAAUUAAUCAUUGUGUCGCUUAAAAAGGGAGCAAGCAUUAACUUUAACACUUUUGUGAUGUAUUCCUUUAUUAAACGCGCAAAAUUCCGGGUUUAAAAUUCAAAGUAAGCUAAUAUGCAAGCACAGUUUGACAAUGAAGCUCCAACUCUUCAGUUUGGUAACGACAAUUCACUGUAAGCCAAUAUCAAGCACAGUUUGACAAUGAGCCUUCAUUAAGCGGCUAUACCCUUGGGGCAACGCGAAGUAGCCGCUUGAUGGAGGUUGGAAGCUGAAUAGAGAAUCGUCCGAAAUUUCCUAAAUCUUUAGCAGAUUGAAACUUCCCUUUGUUCUGAAACAAAAACAUUUAGAAGUUUCUGACAACUUCCACUUCCUUUGUACAGUUAAGAUGGUUUCGUGUAAACAGAACACCAAAACGCGUGAACUUCAACCGGUCGAAAAUUCGUCCACUGGGCACUUGUGAAGAUAAUUCUACAAUUAUUUUGGGACUUUGAUCACUGGCCUUAACGUCAGUCCAGGUAUUGAAUCCAUUGCUUACUUGAGCAAACAUUUUUCAGCUCUCUUCCUUCAAGACAGCCAAUCAGCUCAGUAUUUGCUGGAAAGUUAAGCGCUGUGUUAGGAGUCAUUGUGCGAAAAAAAAAAACAAUAAUAAGCCUUUUAAACCAUUUGACAGUUUCCCAGUGAACAGCAAGUCCUCGCAUCGCGAGGUUUUUUCAUCUUGCUAGUAGUCAUCGCCGCACAGUUAAAUAUUGCUGAAAUUGUCUUUUUUUACGCCCGAAGCUUAGAUUCGCAAUACCUUGUAGUAACAAGAUUUUAAAAAGCUAUAGUUUCAGCAGCGGAUCCAGGAAUUUUUCCUAGGAGGGGACCACUAAAGCCCACAUUCCAUUUUUAAGGCUUUUGACAGAAAUUUUUCAACCUCGUCUCAUGUUUUACUUCAAUACCAAUAAAACACAAAUCCCCCCCAGAAAAUCAGUUGUUUUAUGAAGCCACAGGUCACCUCAGGGGAGGGAGCGCACCCCUGCCCCCUCCCCGUAGAUCCACUCCUGAGUUUUGGGUUCUUUUGUAACUAGAAAUUUUAAAAAUAUCUUCCUUUUUCUAGGUUCUGAAAUACAACUUGGAUCGUUGAACCUUUGAAAGUUCAUUAACAGAAAUAGCAAAGGAUAGGCUGGUAAGAAAAUAACAAGUAACAACCCAAACAUUUGCAAUGGGUCAAAAAAACAAAGGAUGUUACAACAUGUUUUGAAAAACAGAUGUUUUCUUUGCUUCAAAGGCCCUACCCUUUAUACGGAAAACUUAAAUAAUAACUGUGGUUAAAAGCCCUUAAAUGAUUACAAGAAGCGAACAGAAAGCAGCUGUUAGUAUGAAUGGGUAGCAGUCGCGUGAGAAAGUAAGAGCGUAAAUAAUGGCGAUACCAGCGAUGAAGGGAAAGCGCGUUCAUCCCUUACCUAGUUCCCCUCGACCUCACAGGCAGAGAAACUGCAAUAAACGAUCUUGUUCGUUCUACUGGAGUUAUUAAAGGAGCUGUGUCACGAAAUUUAGCCAAAUUAGGAAAUUACAAAACGUCCGUUAAAUUAAGAGAAACAUAAAAAAAAUUACCGCCUAAAACUUUAAAGGAAGGUUUAAAUAACAUAACAGAAACAACAGAUACCACGGAUAGGCCAAACUGAAGAAGAUUGAAACGGAUUGAAAUUAGGGUUUUUGAAAACUGUUCAGCCUAACAGUUUUUUACAGUUGAUCCCUGCUGCUUGCAACUUCAAAAAUAAUGCUCAGGAGACAUAUUUGUUUGUCUCAGAUCUCUGAUUUUGUCAUUUACCUAUAAUUUCUUUGCUUACUUAAAGUUCAAUAGCGAUUGAAGGCAAGUAAUUGGCAAAAUUAAACAAAAUGAACUGGACUGCCGUGACACAGCCCCUUUAAAGAGGAAGUACACACUGACAACAAUUUUAACUCAGCAAUCAUUUUUUGCGAAAGCUUUGGCGAAAUUUAAUGAUAAUAAAAAGGUAUCUUGUAUACACUUUGGGUAGGUCUGAAAAAACAGGCCUACCGUUAGGUUAGUAAUCUCAAAUCCUGGUAAUGGGCAGAAGGGUUGUGGCAGCGAAGUUUGUUGUCGGAGUUCGUAUACAAAAGAAGCUAAGAUAAAGUUUAAACCUUGAUUUUGCUAGGUAUGUGAUAGGGGUACCUUUUCUGUUGUAAAUGAUAUACAAAAGGGAAAAGGCCUUGAGCCUACGUCCCUUAUAAACCUUUCUUGAGUACUCCACCCUUCCCAGUGACAAAAAAAAAUUCUACCAGGUGAAUAAUUACUUCUUACUGACUCGCACUUCAAUGAGCGCCAACAAUAACAGCUAAAAUUCACAUGUAUUUUUUGCCCUCAGUUUCCAGUCAAGCAACUCAACGAACUCUCCCCUCUGCUUUUGAUUUUUUUGUUUUCCACAGGUGAAGGCAAGGGGUUUAUUUCAGCGUUAACAAAACUGUCAAGAAAUUAAUGUUAAGGUAAGCUCUCAAUCGAACAAUUUUUGUCAGCGUAUACAAUCUCCAUUCUUGAUAUUUGAGGAGCCGACGUCAACCCUCUUAGUUCACCUCCAAGGUUCACCUCCUAACUUCCUUUUUCAACUAACCAAACUUUAUUCGGGUUUCUUUUUGAAGGGAGGAGAAAAGAGAAUUAAAAAGAAAACAAUGAGCUCCAUGGCGAUCUCUUCAACCGAGUGCAGCACAUGGUAUGGUGUAUUCCUUACAAUAACUGCUGCUGUGGUUGCAGUGAACCUCCUAUCAAUUAUUCUUUUUGUAAAGAACAGUAAUCUUCGCACUCGUGCCAUGUACUUGGUUAUAAACUUGUCCGUGGCUGAUAUGUUUGUUGGAGGAAAUGCCACUGUCUUUAUAGUAUUUCGUGUCCUCCUCCACGGUUGCGAAAUUGAACAUGUACUUUUCAUCCGGCUGGAAUUGUCACCUAUUAUGGUUGUGCUUUGCACGACCGCGGCGUGGCUCCCCCUCACCUCUGUAACAAGCAUUGCAGUAAUUUCUUUAGAUCGGAUGCAUGCGACGUUUCGUCCAUUCAGGCAUCGCAACAUUAAAAAAUGGGCCUACAGGGUAACAAUUGCGGGCGUCUGGAUUUUAACUGCGAUGACAGUAAUUCCCUUUCCGUUAAUACGUCUCUAUGGGAACUGGCAUCAACAGUGGCAAGUGCUUUUUCCUUCGUACUUAUGGAUGUCAUAUGGUUUCCUUUGCCUUGUUGCUAUCUGUGUUUCCUACACCUCCAUUGCUUUAAAAUUUCGGUGUGAAACGCGUCCUCCGUCCCAUGGUGCAGCCAAUAGACAAAGAAAACUGACUGUCACAUUAUUCAUAAUGACCACUGUAUCUUUGCUGCUGUGGUUACCAUAUGUUGUAUAUACUUUUGUUCCUUAUUCUGUUGUAGAUAGACUUUCUUUACGGACACAGUUUCGCUUGAGAUCAUCUUUUUCUUUUCUAUUCCUCACAAACUCGCUUGUUAAUCCCAUUAUUUACACAAUCAGAAUGCCAGAGUUCAGAAGAGCUCUCCUAAAAUUAUUUAAACGU